UUUUUCCCUCAAGGUUUAUAAUUUUGGGUUUUUUUUUUCACUUGAAUUUUUUUUAUUCUUGAAUCCCCAAAUCCAGUCAUCCAGAUACUGGGUUUUUCCUCAAGGUUGAUAAAUUUGUUUUUUUUUUUAAAUUUUCACUUGAUAUUUUAGAUUCUUGGCUCUUGAAAUUGAACUCUUGUCUGGUGUUUGGUUUUACAUGGCACAGCAUCUUCAUCUUCUGCUCUCCUUUUCUAUCUGAAUUUGGGUUUAAGAAACCUGAAUUUGUUUUUGAGAUUUAUUCUUUAUAUAUAAAUAGAUAUAGAUAUAUAUAUAUAUGAACAUGGCAAUAUCUUUCUAUUCAUUGAACCAUCCAUCAAAUAUGGUGGUGGGCUGUAAAAUUAGGCAAAGAAUUGAGGUUAUUAGAGGAACUAGAACUUUGAGAUACCAUCAAGUUCUUGCCAUGGCACCUUUUUCAAUUGUGCCGAAAUCGGGCAAUAUGGUAACCAACUCCACGAACCGUUUACCCCCGGAUGGGCCGGGCGGGUUUCGGCCUGCCCGAUCCAGCUUGGUAGGAAUCAUUGGAGGGGUAUCGGUCGACUCGACUCUGAGAUUCGUCAAGAAACUCACGGAAUGCGGGUUGAAGGACGAGGAGGAAGACGGGGUGCCUUUUGUGAUGUGUUGUGAUCCAUUGCUGAGUAAGAACAUCUCGUCCUACGAAAGGAGUUCGAUCCCUUUCCUUUCGGGCAAGUGCCGAACCCCGCAAACGGACGACCGUUCGAUCGUGGAACGGUUGAAGAGAAAACGGGUAUUUCUCGAGGGCUCGGGUGUCCAAUGUGUCGUUAUGCCAUGUCACAUUGCGCAUUCGUGGUAUGAUCACGUGGCGGAUGGGUCAUCGGUAGCUUUUCUUCAUAUGGGCGAGUGCGUGGCGAAGGAGCUUAAGGAAGCUAAGCUUAGGCCUCUUGAAGCGGGUAGUCCUCUUCGGAUCGGUGUUCUUGCUACCAAUACUGAUCUUACUGCUGGAUUUUACCAGCAAAAGCUUCAAGCUGAGGGUUUUGAGGUUGUACUACCAGACAAGGCAACCAUAGAACACACUAUAAUCCCUGCAGUGGAAGCCCUGGGCAGAAAGGAUAUCGAAGGGGCACAAAACCUGUUCCGAAUUGCAUUACAAGUCCUAUUCGUGAGAGCCGUUAACACUGUGAUCAUUGCCUCUGAUGACAUCCGCGAAGUCCUUCCCGUGGACGAUCCCCUCCUCAAGAAAUGCAUUGACCCACUCGACGCAUUGGCGCGGUCAACUGUAAGAUAUGCUCAAUCCGUUGGGAAAAUGUAAAGAAAUCCCAGCAGUGUGUCCAUUGUUUGUUGUUCAUUGUUCUUGAAUUCAAACAUUCUUUAUCUGUUCUAAGAAAAUUGGGAAUUGUUAAUAGUAUCUCAGUCAUCAAACCCCUAAGGUCCAAGAAAUUGGCCUUUUGGUAGCCAUAUUUUCGCCCUAUUUGGAUAUGUAUUUUUUUUGCCAAACAAGAAGUUUAUGUGCCCUUGAAUCUUGAAUUGGUUAAUAAUGAAGAAAAAAAGGUAAGUUUA